AUGUCGUCGCCACCCGGCCGCCGCGUCCGCCUGUCGUCUCCCGGCACCAGUCACCAGACCUCUGAGGCCCGCGAGGAGGUGCGGCGCCGCCUGCGGGACCUCAUCGAUGGCAACCGGGUGAUGAUCUUCAGUAAGAGCUACUGUCCACACAGCACGCGGGUUAAGGAACUCUUUUCUUCCAUGGGAGUGGACUAUAACAUCCUGGAACUUGAUCAAGUUGAUGAUGGGGCCAAUGUUCAGGAAGUGCUAACGGAAAUCAGUAACCAGAGAACGGUGCCCAAUAUUUUUGUGAACAAAGUGCAUGUGGGCGGAUGUGACCGAACUUUCCAGGCGCACCAGAACGGUUUACUGCAGAAGCUCCUCCAGGAUGACAAGGCUAAUGAUUACGAUCUCAUCAUCAUCGGCGGGGGCUCUGGCGGCCUCUCUUGUGCAAAGGAAGCUGCCAACUUGGGAAGGAAGGUCAUGGUGUUAGACUUCGUGGUCCCAUCGCCUCAGGGCACAACCUGGGGCCUUGGCGGCACGUGUGUGAAUGUGGGCUGCAUUCCUAAGAAGCUGAUGCACCAGGCCGCCCUCCUGGGGCAGGCCUUGAAGGACUCGAGGAAAUACGGCUGGGACUAUAACCAGCAGGUGAAACAUGACUGGGAGACCAUGACUGAAGCAAUCCAGAAUCAUAUUAGCUCCUUGAACUGGGGCUACAGGCUGGCCCUUCGGGAGAAAGGCGUGGCCUACAUCAACGCCUACGGCGAGUUUGUGGAGCCGCAUAAGAUAAAGGCAACCAAUAAGAAAGGACAGGAAACUUUUUACACCGCUUCCAAGUUUGUCAUAGCAACAGGUGAAAGGCCACGGUAUUUGGGAAUCCAGGGAGAUAAGGAAUACUGUAUUACCAGUGAUGACCUUUUCUCUCUGCGGUACUGCCCGGGCCGCACCUUAGUCGUAGGUGCCUCCUACGUUGGUCUGGAGUGUGCCGGCUUUCUGGCUGGCUUGGGGUUAGAUGUGACGGUCAUGGUGCGCACCGUCCUUCUUCGCGGCUUUGAUCAGGAAAUGGCAGAGAAAGUGGGAUCCUACUUGGAACAACAAGGCGUCAAGUUCCAAAGGAAACUCAUCCCUGUUUCGGUUCAACAAUUGGAGAAAGGCUCACCCGGCAAACUGAAAGUCUUGGCGAAGUCCACUGAUGGAUUGGAAAUCGUUGAAGGCGUAUACAACACGGUUUUGUUAGCAAUUGGUCGUGACUCCUGUACCAGGAAAAUAGGGCUGGAGAGGAUCGGGGUCAAAAUCAAUGAGAAGAACGGCAAAAUCCCAGUAAACGAUGUGGAACAGACCAACGUGCCCCACAUUUAUGCUAUCGGGGAUAUACUGGAUGGCAAACCAGAGCUCACUCCUGUUGCCAUCCAGGCAGGCAAGCUGCUAGCUCGAAGGCUCUUUGGAGCCUCUUCAGAAAAGUGCGAUUACGUUAACAUCCCAACCACAGUGUUCACACCUCUGGAAUAUGGCUGCUGCGGACUGUCUGAAGAGAGAGCCAUCGAAGUGUAUAAAAAAGAGAAUCUGGAAGUGUAUCACACCUUGUUCUGGCCUCUUGAGUGGACAGUCGCUGGCAGAGACAACAACACCUGUUAUGCAAAGAUAAUCUGCAACAAAUUCGACUGUGAACGUGUGGUGGGAUUUCACCUUCUGGGGCCCAAUGCUGGUGAAAUCACACAGGGAUUUGCAGCUGCAAUAAAAUGUGGGCUCACAAAGCAGCAACUUGAUGACACCAUUGGAAUCCACCCCACAUGUGGUGAGGUAUUCACAACACUGGAAAUCACAAAGUCCUCAGGGCUGGAGAUUACUCAGAAAGGCUGCUGAGGCUAGCCCCGCUGUUGUUGGGUUUCCCCUGUCACACUCUCACUCCAUGCCCGUGACAUCUGGUCGGGCACCGGGGGACCAGUCCCAGGCUUUCUCCUGGCACAGAGAUGAGAAGGCAGCAGAGAACCAGCAGCAGCAGCAUCUGUAGUCUCAGCUGACGGCAUGCAGCAGCCAUGCUGCAGUCUUGACGCCUUGGCUUGGAACCCACAGAGGUGAGCCAAGGCCGACUUCUGCACGUCAGUCAGACUUCUCCCCCACUGAGGUCCUGGAUGGCACAGCAAGCCCACCCUCCCUUUCCUGGUUGCCAAAGCAGACCCCUCACCUUGUUUCUAUGAAGAUAUAUUUUUCAGUUGUGGACUUGUCUAUAAAGAGGCUCGUGGGCCUAGAGUGCGGCAGUUCAUGGAUUCUUGGCAUGUGGGGAGCCACGUAAGAGCAGUUGGCUACACAGAACUCCCGCGUUAGCAGGAGGCUGAGUGUACAUUUAACAUGCCAUCAGAAACCUGACUCACCUCACCCCUUGCACAUCUCCUGAGGGUGUGAAACUUAAAGCCGUUCUCCUCACAGUUUCCAGACUACCAGAGCAUCACAAGCAAGAGAGAAAUCCUUGUAUCACUUUUCCAUGUUAAUCUUAAGGUCACUAUUAAAAAGAUUUUACUACA